AUGAAAAAUGUAUCAUUCAGUUUUAAAAGUCACGAUCAACAAGAACUUAAACAACUUUAUGGAUUAAAUUAUAAUUAUGACAUUACAAUAAAUUUCAAUGAACUUAGUGGUCUUCGUGAUCGUGCACGACUUAUCGAAUAUUCACAUAGAAUUAAAAUACAAAAUGAUACAGAACAAGGUACUGAAAUGCUUCAUUCAUUCGUUAGUUUUGUUGAUACUAUUGAAAAUAUAAUCAAAAACUUGACACAACUUAAAAUGAUUGGUUAUCCUUGUGUUCAAUCUCUUCUAGAACCAAGCAAAACUUUUACAUGUAUCGAAGGCAAAUAUAAUGAAUUGAUUGAAUUUGAACAGACAAUUGAAAAAUUACGAGUUGAAUGGGAAUAUAAUUUAUGUGAAUUAUACAAACAACAUAUAUCAUUAACCUAUUUCUUUUAUGAACAAUUUUGGAUAAUCGAGCGUUAUUUAUACAAUCGAACAACAGUCAUCAAUAAUGCUUAUCAUUUACUUAAGUAUAUUGGUAUACAACCUGAACUAAUUCAAUAUGAUUUUCUACUUGAUAUGAAUCAAGAUCCAGUAAAUCGUCUUAAGAAAGUUGGUCAAGUAUUGUCAACUCAAAAAACUAAAAUCAUAGAAACGAAUGAACAAAAAUAUCUGACUAAUAAUAGAGUACUACUAGUUCAAACAUCUGAUGAAGGUAUUAUGCGUGCUAUACUUUCUCUCUUUACAUUUGUUCAAGUACCAGCUAAAGUUAAUCAAUUAUUUUAUUGUACAAAUAGAACAACUUGGAUGGAAGUAUGUGCAUUUGUUUAUCGUUGUUUCUAUUCAGAAAAAUUUCAUCAACUCAUUCGACCAGAACUAUUAACAUUAUCGAUUCAGGAUAAGUUUAUUGAACUUUUAAGUCAAAUGAUUAGUUGGCAACAACCAGAACAUCAUUUUCAAUUUGGAAUUAUAACUACAUCAUCAAAUAUAAAUCAACUAUUAAUUAAUAGUUUGAAAGCUCUGGAACUUAUUCAAGAGAUCUUUGCCUAUCAAAUGUUAAAUAUAAUUAAACUCAAAGAAGAAAUUGAGAAAUUAAAUGGUAAAACUUGUUUUCUUGUUACAUCAAAUAUUGCUGGUCUUGGCAAGUCGACUACUAUCCGAAAUAUAAUUCAUAAUUCUGGUAAAGAAUACAUCAAAUUUCCGAUUAGUGGUAACAUCGAUAUGAAAAGUUUGGUGACACGUUUUUGUAAUUGUGCAAAUAAUUCAUCAUCAUCAUCAUCAUCAUCAUCAUCAUCAAAAAUAGCUAUUCAUAUUGAUAUUGGCAUUAUUAAUGAUAUUAACCAAUUAAAUGAAUUCUUAUAUUCUGUUAUAUUAUUUCGUAGUUUUCGUUACGAAUCAGUAGCUAUCAAUAUUUGUGCUGAUGUAUCAAUAUAUAUCGAACUUGAUUCAUCUCCACAAAUGAUUAAUCUAUAUGAGAAAAUAAUUAUUUUGCAAAAUCUUGAAAAACUUCAAAUUCCUCUUAUUGAAUGGAAUCAAAUGAAUAUUCAUUAUUUAGCAGGUAUUAAAUUAGUUAUUAAUUAUCUUCAAGCAAUUGAUGAACAGAUAAUUAAUCAAACAGAUAUUAAUGAAGAAAAUUUAGAAGAAAUUGACAAAAUGACUUGUGCAAAACUUUUACGAAACAAUUCAUAG